UGGUAAGGGUAAUUUACCAGAAUAUAUAAAUCAUGAAGAUGAACAAAAGAUUGUUUUGACAUGGGAUGAAGAACGAAAAAUUGUAUUGGACGAGCAUUUUGGCGCAUUUUCAAUUAACAAUUUAAACGAUAAUCAAUUAAUUCGCCAAAAAAGAGAUUAUAAUAAUAAAUUAGAACUUCAAGAUAACAGAUUACUAACCAAAAUUGAUAAUCAAUACGAAUUGGAGGAAAAAGAAAAUAAAGAAGAUAAAUUAAAAAUAAAAGAUAAACAAAAUUUUGAAAAGAAAAAUAUUAAUACAAAUCAGUCUGAAGGACAAAACAGUUUUGAAAAGAAUCUAAGUUUAAUAGAAAAUCUAGGCGAAGAUGAAAAUAGUAUGAAGAGUAAUAGUAGUGAUAAUAUUAACAAAAACAAAAAAAUUUUAAAUUUAAAAAAGCCAAAUAAUAAUAAAUUUAAGGAUAUGUUAAAAAAUAAAAAACAACCAACAAAUACUUUAAGAAACAAAAUAAAGCAACCAAACCAGAGUAAGAAACCAAAUAAUAUAAAUGAAAAUGUAUCAAAUCAGGAAAUUAUUACGUCCAAUUUGCCAAAUUCAAGAGAUAUACUAAUAAUAUCAUAUGAUGAACCGGAACUUCGCACAAAAACAAAUGGUAACAUUGCCAAAAAUAAUCCAGUAAAUGAUGAAAUUAAUACAUUAAUGGAGAAAAUGAAUUCAAAUUCAGAAGAAGAUUCUGAUGAACAAAAUUCUUCAUCACAUUCAUCAUUAAAACCGCUAAACCAAAUUCCAAAAUACAGCAUCAUCGAAGAUAAUAAACACCAGAAUAUUCUAAAAAAUAUAAAACAUAAUAAAUUUAAACCUAAAUCAAGAAAAUUAGGGAAAAGGCAAAUUAAAAAAAACGAAAAACCACCAGAAAUAAAUAAAAAAAAGAUAAGUAACCCAUCAAGACUAAGUACAAUCAACGAAAAAGGUCUACAACCAAAAAAAAAUAAACCAAUAAACCCAAGUAAAAGCAAUCAAAAAACCCCAUCAAUCAUUAUUCCAAAAAAUACAAAAGCAGGAAACGCUAACAAUCCACAAGGCAUUCCCGGAAAUGAUGAAAUUGAUGCAUUAAUGAAAGCAAUGAAUUCAGAUUCAGACGAAGAUUCAGCUGAUCGAAAUUCAGAAUCGAAUCCAUCAUCUUUAGAAACAAAACACGGCUUUCCGGAUAAUGACGAUCUUGAAAGUAGAAAGGAACGUGAUAUUUUAAAGAAUAUAAAACAUCAAUUAGGCCAUCAAUCAAAAAAGGAAGGGAAAAUUGGGCCAAACAAAGACGAAGAACUGCCAGAGACCAACAAACGAAAUGCAAAUUCUCCAUCGGGAGUCAAAAAAGGCGACGAAGAUGGCUCAAAUCCCAAAAGAGCUACACCGAUAACUCCAAGUAAAAGCAAUCAACAAACCCCAACGAUCAUUAUUCCAAAAAAUACAAAAGCAGAAAACACGGACAAUCCACAAGGGAUUCCCGGAAAUGAUGAAAUUGAUGCAUUAAUAAAUGACAUGAAUUCAGAAUCAGAUGAAGAUUCAGCUCAUCAAAAUUCAGAAUCGAAUCCAUCAUCCUUAGAAACGAAACAAGAUAUUCCUGAUGAUGACAAUCUUGGUAGUAAACAGGAACAUGAUAUAUUGAAGAAUAUAAAAGAUCUAUUAAGACCUCAAUCGAAAAAGCAAGGGAAAAUUGGGCCGAACAAAGACGAAGAACUGCCAGAGACCAACAAACGAAAUGCAAAUUCUCCAUCGGGAGUCAAAAAGGGCGACGAAGAUGGCUCAAAUCCAAAAAGAGCUACACCGAUAACUCCAAGUAAAAGCAAUCAACAAACCCCAACGAUCAUUAUUCCAAAAAAUACAAAAGCAGAAAACACGGACAAUCCACAAGGGAUUCCCGGAAAUGAUGAAAUUGAUGCAUUAAUAAAAGACAUGAAUUCAGAAUCAGAUGAAAAUUCAGCUCAUCAAAAUUCAGAAUCGAGUCCAUCAUCCUUAGAAACGAAACAAGAUAUUCCUGAUGAUGACAAUCUUGGUAGUAAACAGGAACAUGAUAUAUUGAAGAAUAUAAAAGAUCUAAUAAGACCUCAAUCGAAAAAGCAAGGGAAAAUUGGGCCGAACAAAGACGAAGAACUGCCAGAGACCAACAAACGAAAUGCAAAUUCUCCAUCGGGAGUCAAAAAAGGCGACGAAGAUGGCUCAAAUCCCAAAAGAGCUACACCGAUAACUCCAAGUAAAAGCAAUCAAAAAACCCCAACGAUCAUUAUUCCAAAAAAUACAAAAGCAGAAAACACAGACAAUCCACAAGGGAUUCCCGGAAAUGAUGAAAUUGAUGCAUUAAUAAAUGACAUGAAUUCAGAAUCAGAUGAAGAUUCAGCUCAUCAAAAUUCAGAAUCGAGUCCAUCAUCCUUAGAAACGAAACAAGAUAUUCCUGAUAAUAACAAUCUUGGAAGUAAAAUGGAACGUGAUAUUUUAAAGGAUAUAAAACAUCCAUUAAGACCUCCUCAAACGAAAAAGCAAGGGAAAAUUGGGCCGAACAAAGACGAAGAACUGCCAGAGACCAACAAACGAAAUGUAAAUUCUCCAUCGGGAGUCAAAAAAGGCGACGAAAAUAGCUCAAAUCCAAAAAGAGCUACACCAAUAACUCCAAGUAAAAGCAAUCAACAAACCCCAACGAUCAUUAUUCCAAAAAAUACAAAAGCAGAAAACACGGACAAUCCACAAGGGAUUCCCGGAAAUGAUGAAAUUGAUGCAUUAAUAAAUGACAUGAAUUCAGAAUCAAAUGAAGAUUCAGCUCAUCAAAAUUCAGAAUCGAAUCCAUCAUCCUUAGAAACGAAACAAGAUAUUCCUGAUGAUGACAAUCUUGGUAGUAAACAGGAACAUGAUAUAUUGAAGAAUAUAAAAGAUCUAUUAAGACCUCAAUCGAAAAAGCAAGGGAAAAUUGGGCCGAACAAAGACGAAGAACUGCCAGAGACCAACAAACGAAAUGCAAAUUCUCCAUCGGGAGUCAAAAAAGGCGACGAAGAUGGCUCAAAUCCCAAAAGAGCUACACCGAUAACUCCAAGGAAAAGCAAUCAACAAACCCCAACGAUCAUUAUUCCAAAAAAUACAAAAGCAGAAAACACGGACAAUCUACAAGGGAUUCCCGGAAAUGAUGAAAUUGAUGCAAUAAUAAAUGACAUGAAUUCAGAAUCAGAUGAAGAUUCAGCUCAUCAAAAUUCAGAAUCGAAUCCAUCAUCCUUAGAAACGAAACAAGAUAUUCCUGAUAAUAACAAUCUUGGAAGUAAAAUGGAACGUGAUAUUUUAAAGGAUAUAAAACAUCCAUUAAGACCUCCUCAAACGAAAAAGCAAGGGAAAAUUGGGCCGAACAAAGACGAAGAACUGCCAGAGACAAAAAAACGAAAUGAAAAUUUCCCAUCGGGAGUCAAAAACAACGACGAAAAAGGUUUAGAGCCAAAAAACGCAAUGACAAAGUCUCCAACAGAAGACAAUCAACCUACGUCAUUGAACUCAAAUACUGGAAAUACAAAUCCUGAAAACACUGUGGGCGAUGAUAAUAAUAUUAAUUCAACAUCCCUCAGUCCUUCAGCAGGUAUUAAAGAAAAUCUAAAAAGUCUUCCUGAUAUUCAUGAUCAAAUAAACCUAGAUGAUAAAUCGGAUUCGAAUUUAAUCGAAGAUUUAUUAAACAGCCCGAUAGGAAUAGAUGGAGAAGAUUCGCCUAAAACGGUAACUGAAAACGAAAACAAUAUUCCAAAUUCAGAAAUAGAUAACAAGUUACAAAAUUCUAAUGAUGAUACAUUGACAAAGUCCCCAACAGAAGAUGAUGUCAAACCUAAUCAGUUACAAGAAAACAAGUCUACUAAUGAUGUGAAUCCUCUAGACAAAACAGAUUUGAAAAACCCCGAAUCAGCAGAUGGUAUUUUUCCCACAGAAUCUAAAGAUUUAAAAGAAUUUUUGGCAGAAAUACCUUUUGAUGACAUUGACGAGCCCCAUAGUUUGGAAGAAUUUAAUAAUUUAGGAGGUAUCACAAUGGAGGAUAUAGAUAAAAAUAAAAAAAACGAUAUUUCACCUUCUUCGACUUUAAACGACAAUAAAAAAAACGAUCUUGAUGAUAAUGUUCAAAAAACGAAUCAACCUACGUCAUUGAACUCAAAUACUGGAAAUACAAAUCCUGAAAACACUGUGGGCGAUGAUAAUAAUAUUAAUUCAACAUUCCUCAGUCCUUCAGCAGGUAUUAAAGAAAAUCUAAAAAGUCUUCCUGAUAUUCAUGAUCAAAUAAACCUAGAUGAUAACUCGGAUUCGAAUUUAAUCGAAGAUUUAUUAAACAGCCCGAUAGGAAUAGAUGGAGAAGAUUCGCCUAAAACGGUAACUGAAAACGAAAACAAUAUUCCAAAUUCAGAAAUAGAUAACAAGUUACAAAAUUCUAAUGAUGAUACAUUGACAAAGUCCCCAACAGAAGAUGAUGUCAAACCUAAUCCGUUACAAGAAAACAAGUCUACUAAUGAUGUGAAUCCUCUAGACAAAACAGAUUUGAAAAACCCCGAAUCGGCAGAUGGUAUUUUUCCCACAGAAUCUAAAGAAUUAAAAGAAUUUUUGGCAGAAAUACCUUUUGAUGACAUUGACGAGCCCCAUAGUUUGGAAGAAUUUAAUAAUUUAGGAGGUAUCACAAUGAAGGAUAUAGAUAAAAAUAAAAAAAACGAUAUUUCACCUUCUUCGACUUUAAAUGACAAUAAAAAAAACGAUCUUGAUGAUAAUGUUCAAAAAACGAAUCAACCUACGUCAUUGAAUUCAAAUACUGGAAAUACUAAUCCUGAAAACACUGUGGGCGAUGAUAAUUAUAUUAAUUCAACUCCCCUCAGUCCUCCAGCAGGUAUUAAAGAAAACCUAAAGAGUCUUCCUGAUAUUCAUGAUCAAAUAAACCUAGAUGAUAAAUCGGAUUCGAAUUUAAUCAAAGAUUUAUUAAACAGCCCGAUAGGAAUAGAUGGAGAAGAUUCGCCUAAAACGGUAACUGAAAACGAAAACAAUAUUCCAAAUUCAGAAAUAGAUAACAAGUUACAAAAUUCUAAUGAUGAUACAUUGACAAAGUCCCCAACAGAAGAUGAUGUCAAACCUAAUCCGUUAAAAGAAAACAAGUCUACUAAUGAUGUGAAUCCUCUAGACAAAACAGAUUUGAAAAACCCCGAAUCGGCAGAUGGUAUUUUUCCCACAGAAUCUAAAGAAUUAAAAGAAUCUUUGGCAGAAAUACCUUAUGAUAACAUUGACGAGCCCCAUAGUUUAGAAGAAUUUAAUAAUUUAGGAGGUAUCACAAUGGAGGAUAUAGAUAAAAAUAAAAAAAACGAUAUUUCACCUUCUUCGACUUUAAAUGACAAUAAAAAAAACGAUCUUGAUGAUAAUGUUCAAAAAACGAAUCAACCUACGUCAUUGAAUUCAAAUACUGGAAAUACUAAUCCUGAAAACACUGUGGGCGAUGAUAAUUAUAUUAAUUCAACUUCCCUCAGUCCUCCAGCAGGCAUUAAAGAAAACCUAAAGAGUCUUCCUGAUAUUCAUGAUCAAAUAAUCCUAGAUGAUAAAUCGGAUUCGAAUUUAAUCGAAGAUUUAUUAAACAGCCCGAUAGGAAUAGAUGAAAAAGAUUCGCCUAAAACGGCAACUGAAGACGCAAACAAUAUUCCAAAUUCAGAAAUAGAUAACAAGUUACAAAAUUCUAAUGAUGAUACUUUGACAAAGUCCCCAACAGAAGAUGAUGUCAAACCUAAUCCGUUACAAGAAAACAAGUCUACUAAUGAUGUGAAUCCUCUAGACAAAACAGAUUUGAAAAACCCCGAAUCGGCAGAUGGUAUUUUUCCCAUCGAAUCUGAAGAAUUAAAAGAAUUUUUGGCAGAAAUACCUUAUAAUUACAUUGACGAGCCCCAUAGUUUGGAAGAAUUUAAUAAUUUAGGAGGUAUCACAAUGGAGGAUAUAGAUAAAAAUAAAAAAAACGAUAUUUCACCUUCUUCGACAUUAAAUGACAAUAAAAAAAACGAUCUUGAUGAUAGUGUUCAAAAAACAAAUCAACCUACGUUAUUGAAUUCAAAUACUGGAAAUACUAAUCCUGAAAACACUGUGGGCGAUGAUAAUUAUAUUAAUUCAACUUCUCUCAGUCCUCCAGCAGGUAUUAAAGAAAAUCUAAAGAGUCUUCCUGAUAUUCAUGAUCAAAUAAACCUAGAUGAUAAAUCGGAUUCGAAUUUAAUCGAAGAUUUAUUAAACAGCCCGAUAGGAAUAGAUGGAAAAGAUUCGCCUAAAACGGCAACUAAAGACGGAAACAAUAUUCCAAAUUCAGAAAUAGAUAACAAGUUACAAAAUUCUAAUGAUGAUACAUUGACAAAGUCCCCAACAGAAGACGAUGUCAAACCUAAUCCGUUACAAGAAAACAAGUCUACUAAUGAUGUGAAUCCUCUAGACAAAACAGAUUUGAAAAACCCCGAAUCGGCAGAUGGUAUUUUUCCCACAGAAUCUGAAGAAUUAAAAGAAUUUUUGGCAGAAAUACCUUAUGAUGACAUUGACGAGCCCGAUAGUUUGGAAGAAUUUAAUAAUUUAGGAGGUAUCACAAUGGAGGAUAUAGAUAAAAAUAAAAAAAACGAUAUUUCACCUUCUUCGACUUUAAAUGACAAUAAAAAUAACGAUCUUGAUGAUAAUGUUCAAAAAACGAAUCAACCUACGUCAUUGAAUUCAAAUACUGGAAAUACUAAUCCUGAAAACACUGUGGGCGAUGAUAAUUAUAUUAAUUCAACUUCUCUCAGUCCUCCAGCAGGUAUUAAAGAAAAUCUAAAGAGUCUUCCUGAUAUUCAUGAUCAAAUAAACCUUGAUGAUAAAUCGGAUUCGAAUUUAAUCGAAGAUUUAUUAAACAGCCCGAUAGGAAUAGAUGGAAAAGAUUCGCCUAAAACGGCAACUGAAGACGCAAACAAUAUUCCAAAUUCAGAAAUAGAUAACAAGUUACAAAAUUCUAAUGAUGAUACAUUGACAAAGUCCCCAACAGAAGACGAUGUCAAACCUAAUCCGUUACAAGAAAACAAGUCUACUAAUGAUGUGAAUCCUCUAGACAAAACAGAUUUGAAAAACCCCGAAUCGGCAGAUGGUAUUUUUCCCACAGAAUCUGAAGAAUUAAAAGAAUUUUUGGCAGAAAUACCUUAUGAUGACAUUGACGAGCCCGAUAGUUUGGAAGAAUUUAAUAAUUUAGGAGGUAUCACAAUGGAGGAUAUAGAUAAAAAUAAAAACAACGAUAUUUCACCUUCUUCGACAUUAAACGACAAUAAAAAAAACGAUCUUGAUGAUAAUGUUCAAAAUACGAAUCAACCUACGUCAUUGAAUUCAAAUACUGGAAAUACUAAUCCUGAAAACACUGUGGGCGAUGAUAAUUAUAUUAAUUCAACUUCCCUCAGUCCUCUAGCAGGUAUUAAAGAAAAUCUAAAGAGUCUUCCUGAUAUUCAUGAUCAAAUAAACCUUGAUGAUAAAUCGGAUUCGAAUUUAAUCGAAGAUUUAUUAAACAGCCCGAUAGGAAUAGAUGGAAAAGAUUCGCCUAAAACGGCAACUGAAGACGCAAACAAUAUUCCAAAUUCAGAAAUAGAUAACAAGUUACAAAAUUCUAAUGAUGAUACAUUGACAAAGUCCCCAACAGAAGACGAUGUCAAACCUAAUCCGUUACAAGAAAACAAGUCUACUAAUGAUGUGAAUCCUCUAGACAAAACAGAUUUGAAAAACCCCGAAUCGGCAGAUGGAAUUUUUCCCACAGAAUCUGAAGAAUUAAAAGAAUUUUUGGCAGAAAUACCUUAUGAUGACAUUGACGAGCCCGAUAGUUUGGAAGAAUUUAAUAAUUUAGGAGGUAUCACAAUGGAGGAUAUAGAUAAAAAUAAAAACAACGAUAUUUCACCUUCUUCGACAUUAAAUGUCAAUAAAAAAAACGAUCUUGAUGAUAGUGUUCAAAAAACAAAUCAACCUACGUCAUUGAAUUCAAAUACUGGAAAUACUAAUCCUGAAAACACUGUGGGCGAUGAUAAUUAUAUUAAUUCAACUUCCCUCAGUCCUCCAGCAGAUAUUAAAGAAAAUCUAAAAAGUCUUCCUGAUAUUCAUGAUCAAUUAAACCUAGAUGAUAAAUCGGAUUCGAAUUUAAUCGAAGAUUUAUUAAACAGCCCGAUAGGAAUAGAUGGAAAAGAUUCGCCUAAAACGGCAACUGAAGACGCAAACAAUAUUCCAAAUUCAGAAAUAGAUAACAAGUUACAAAAUUCUAAUGAUGAUACAUUGACAAAGUCCCCAACAGAUGACGAUGUCAAACCUAAUCCGUUACAAGAAAACAAGUCUACUAAUGAUGUGAAUCCUCUAGACAAAACAGAUUUGAAAAACCCCGAAUCGGCAGAUGGAAUUUUUCCCACAGAAUCUGAAGAAUUAAAAGAAUUUUUGGCAGAAAUACCUUAUGAUGACAUUGACGAGCCCGAUAGUUUGGAAGAAUUUAAUAAUUUAGGAGGUAUCACAAUGGAGGAUAUAGAUAAAAAUAAAAACAACGAUAUUUCACCUUCUUCGACAUUAAAUGACAAUAAAAAAAACGAUCUUGAUGAUAGUGUUCAAAAAACAAAUCAACCUACGUCAUUGAAUUCAAAUACUGGAAAUACUAAUCCUGAAAACACUGUGGCCGAUGAUAAUUAUAUUAAUUCAACUUCCCUCAGUCCUCCAGCAGAUAUUAAAGAAAAUCUAAAGAGUCUUCCUGAUAUUCAUGAUCAAAUAAACCUAGAUGAUAAAUCGGAUUCGAAUUUAAUCGAAGAUUUAUUAAACAGCCCGAUAGGAAUAGAUGGAAAAGAUUCGCCUAAAACGGCAACUGAAGACGCAAACAAUAUUCCAAAUUCAGAAAUAGAUAACAAGUUACAAAAUUCUAAUGAUGAUACAUUGACAAAGUCCCCAACAGAAGACGAUGUCAAACCUAAUCCGUUACAAGAAAACAAGUCUACUAAUGAUGUGAAUCCUCUAGACAAAACAGAUUUGAAAAACCCCGAAUCGGCAGAUGGUAUUUUUCCCACAGAAUCUGAAGAAUUAAAAGAAUUUUUGGCAGAAAUACCUUAUGAUGACAUUGACGAGCCCGAUAGUUUGGAAGAAUUUAAUAAUUUAGGAGGUAUCACAAUGGAGGAUAUAGAUAAAAAUAAAAAAAACGAUAUUUCACCUUCUUCGACUUUAAAUGACAAUAAAAAUAACGAUCUUGAUGAUAAUGUUCAAAAAACGAAUCAACCUACGUCAUUGAAUUCAAAUACUGGAAAUACUAAUCCUGAAAACACUGUGGGCGAUGAUAAUUAUAUUAAUUCAACUUCUCUCAGUCCUCCAGCAGGUAUUAAAGAAAAUCUAAAGAGUCUUCCUGAUAUUCAUGAUCAAAUAAACCUAGAUGAUAAAUCGGAUUCGAAUUUAAUCGAAGAUUUAUUAAACAGCCCGAUAGGAAUAGAUGGGAAAGAUUCGCCUAAAACGGCAACUGAAGACGCAAACAAUAUUCCAAAUUCAGAAAUAGAUAACAAGUUACAAAAUUCUAAUGAUGAUACAUUGACAAAGUUCCCAACAGAAGAUGAUGUCAAACCUAAUCCGUUACAAGAAAACAAGUCUACUAAUGAUGUGAAUCCUCUAGACAAAACAGAUUUGAAAAACCCCGAAUCGGCAGAUGGUAUUUUUCCUAUAGAAUCUAAAGAAUUAAAGGAUUUUUUUGAAGAAACACCUUAUGACGACGACAAUUUAACCGAUAUUUCUGGAAAGUAUAAUAAUUUAGGAAUUGUGACAAUGGAGGAUUCUGAUGUAAAAUCUAAUCCAGAAAAUAAUGUGGGUGAUAACAAAAAUAUUAAUUCCCCUUCUCCGUGUACUCAAAUGGGUAUUGAAGAAAAUCCUAAGAGUCUUUCUGAUAUUCAAGAUAAAAUAAACCUAGACAAUACUUCAGAUUCGAAUAUAAUUAACGAUUUAUUAGGAAGCCCUGUAGGAUUAGAUGGAGUUGAAUCGCCUAAACCAGUGAUCGAUGAUACAAACGUUAUUCCAAUAUCAAGAAUAGAUGACGUUUUACAUAAUUCUAAUGAUGACACAUUGACAACGACUUCUCCGUUUAAAGUUAUCAAUACUAAUCCGUUCGAAAAAAACAUAUCUACUGAAAAUGUAAAUCUUUUAGAAAACACAGAUUUAAAAUCACCUGAGAUUACAGAUGGUACUGUUCCAAUAAAAACGGACGAGUUAAAGGAAUUUUUGGGAGAAAUCCCUUAUAAUUAUGAUACAUCUGAUAUUAGGGGAGAGUAUAAUAAUUUAAGUUUGACAGUUGAGGAUAUUGAUAAGAAUAAAAGAAAAGAUAGUUCACCAUCUUCUACAUUAAAUAACAUUAAAAAUAUAGAUCUUGAUGAUAGUCUCCAAAAAAUAAAUCAACCUACACCAUUUAAUUCAAAUACUGGAAAUACUAAUCCUGAAAACACUGUAGGCGAUGAUAAUUAUAUUAAUUCAACUUCUCCCAGUACUCCAACAGGUAUUAAAAAAAAUCCUAAGAAAGCACCUGAGCGACAAGAUAAAAUAAAUCUUUACAAUACAUCAGAGUCGAAUAUUAUUAAAGAUUUAUUAGGUAGCCCGAUAGGAUUAGAUGAAUCGCCUAGUCCAGCUAUUGAUAAUACAAACAUUAUUCCGAAAUCAAAAAUAAAUAACAAGUUACACAAUUCCAAUGAAGACGCAUUAACAUCGACUCUUCGUCCUCCAUCUGAUAAAAUAAUGAAUGUCAAUAAAAAACCUUUGUCGGAGAUUUCUUUAAAUGGCAUUGACAUGCAUUCGUCGGGCUUAAAUUUAAUGCAUAAUUAUAAUAAAUUGGAUAACGGUGAUGAUAUUAAUGUUAAUCAUGGUGAUGUUACUAACUCUAUAAUUGAUUAUAAUUCCAAUAAUACAUUUUCAUUAGAAGGUGGUAAUUCAUAUGGUUAUAUGAUACCUAAGUUUAGCACAAAGUACAUUGAAGGCGGUGAUUCAAAUUAUAAUUUAUGGGAAACAAUUCCACCCAAAAGAAAUUAUGACAUUAGUAUACAUAACGGAUAUGAUAAUUAUAUUAAUGAUUUAAAUCAAUCUACUGAUUAUACUCUUAAUAAUAACAAAAUUCCAAGUUAUAUUAACAACGAGAAAAAUAUUGUAACGAAAACUGAAACAAUCAAAAACAAUUAUAAUGAUAUAGUAAAUACCGAUAAUCAUGAUAGUCAUAAUAAACUGUACGAUGAUUUUAUUAAAAAAAUGUCUGAGCAAUUACUUAAUAAAAUCGAUAAUAUUGAUGAUAAACUUUCCAAACUAGAUAAAUUAUCUAAGAAUUGUUCUUAUAUGAGAGAAAAUGACAACAUAGGAUCUCACGAUUCAAGUAUCAACAAAGUUGUACUAUUAAAUGAUAUUCCUACUACUAAACCAGAAAAAAUUAUAAAUAUCGAAGAGUCUGAUUCAAAAACAGAUAAACCAAUAGAAAGUCUUGAGAUAAAGACAAGUAAUAAAAGGGUUGACGGAAAUGAAACCAAGGAUUCUACAAAAGCAAAAAAACAUAAAAAUAAAAAACAUGAAAAGCAUGAAAAGCAUAACAAAAAAAAAGAUCAUAAGAAAAAUAAUAUAAGUAAUGAAAAUGAUGAUGAUGAUGAUGACGAUGAUGAU